AUGCCUAACUCACGAAAGCCUUGGCUCCUCUCACGCGUCUGUGAGACAAUCGAAGGGGCCGGUCUGAUGAUCGGCGUGGUUCCAGCCUCGGUUGUCACAUUGCGCAAGCCACCCACCACAGUGCUCGAGAAAGAGACCUACUCUGCGGAACUCUACAAGCGUCGUCGACGCCUAAAGGAGAUUCGCGCUGGGUUUAAGCGUUUCUUUGCCUUCCUCUUCUCCCAAAUUGGUCUCUCACUCCUUGUCAUCGGUUACACCAUCAUUGGUGGCAUGAUUUUUCGCGCCGUAGAAUUGGAAAAUGAGAAGAUGGUAAAAGUGAAAGGGAAAGAGCUGAGAACUGCUCUGGCUGACCAAUUUUCGGGCGAAAUCAUCCCCAUGAACAGGAAGCGUUCUGAACUUUCAGUACGUGUUAAGAAAAAUCAAAUGAAAAGUAAGAUUCGUCGACCUCGCAUCUUUGGUGGUCGGACAGAAAGUGAAUUUGCUCGUCUAAGGCAGUGGCUUCAUGUAAUCGCGUAUACGUUGCGGCAUAAGACUCGACAAGAGCUUCAUAGCAGUCUCCGAAAGCUAGUAAAAAUGAUGGAUCGCGAGGGCUGGAAUGGUGAGGAUGCAAUGGACGAUCUGAAAUGGAGUUGGGAAGGUUCUAUUCUAUUCGCAGUGACUGUCAUAACCACUAUUGGUUACGGUCAUGCUGUGCCCAAAACAAAUGCUGGGAAGGUUCUCACCAUCAUCUAUGCACUUGUGGGAAUCCCGCUUGUUUUCCUCUAUUUGACCAACAUCGGUGACUACCUGGCAUCUCUCUUCCGAUCUCUUUAUACCAAG